UUACUGUUGCUGUUUGAAAUCAUUCAGGCUGCCGAUGUGAGCUUUUACUUUUCCGUUGAAGAAAAUCUCGCCAUCGUAGGUUCUCAAUUGAAUUCCACUAUUUACACGCAAGAUGCCAUGUCAUGUGCUAUGGCCUGCGCCAAAGAAAUGAAUUGUCACACGGCAAAUUACAUUGAAGCGGAAAAAAAAUGCGAACUCUUUGGGGAGCAAAUGGAAGAUGUCUUAAACAGCCAGGUCGCCAUUGGAUUUUUAAAAGGAUGUUACUUGAUCAAAAAGGUAAGAAUAUUUGCUUUGCACCCGUGUUGUCAUUGUCCAAAAGCCAAAAUCAAUAUUAAUGUAUGCACAUUUCAGACAAAAUUUUUCGUCUGUAUAUGGGCUGAUUUGCAAUUGUCCGGAUAGAUCGUCUCAAAUUAUUUCACUGUCUUAGAGCGAUCGAUCUAUAAUACGUUGCGCACGACCAGCCCAUACAGCUGUUUCGAGAAAGGUUGUCGAAAAAAGUGCACACGACAAUACCGAAAGGUAUUGUGGGUGGUCCUGAGUGCACUGUCAUUCAAAGAAAUUUGAAAGAAUGACACUGGAGGCCAAGGACAUAUGUUUGCGAGUGCUAAAGGAAAGCAACAAAAGUAGGUUCGACAGCUGCAGCCGUUAGGAACAAUGUAUUGAUCAUAUCUCAUAUUACCUUUCGGGAUUGUCACGUGCUCAUUUUUUCGGACAACCUUUUUUGAAAUAGCUGUAUACACCCCCGUGAGUUCUAGCGAUCGCCUCAAUGGUCCGGAUCGUCCUUAGUUUAAUCGUCUCUCGAUUGAUGGCAUUUCUGAAAUUACUUAGGUGAUCGAUAUGAUUCGAAUCAUGAAAUAGAACCAAGGUUUGUGAAGGGAGUUGCCAUUAGACCUGUCCCGAUUGCGCUCGGCAACUUUUGAGUAACUUUUGCCGUCAGGAGCAAUUUUUUCGGUUCUAGCAACCUCGAGCAACUUUUGCCUUUUUGGGCAAAAUUAGGUUUAGAGCAAAUAUCAAACCUCCCAAAAUUCAACGAUUUCACAGAAAACUUCAAGCUUAUCGAAUUUCCUGAGUGUUUACCAACCGACAGGUAAGCUUAAACUGUUAAAAGGAAAAAUUUGAUGCACAUUUCGAUAAAUUAUAAAAAAGGAAUAGAUCUUAUACAACGCCCUAGAAUUUAUAAUUGUUUUUGUAUGAAUAAUUAAUUACUUACCGAAGAAGUAUAAUGUUGUUUGGGGAUCUCAUAAUGGGCUUGGGCUACUAGUGGUUUCGCCCAUCAUAUUUGCCAGCAACUCUGAUGUUUAGAGGUAAUUUUCAAGCUAUUUUUCUUGACCGAUGUAAACCAUCAAUGUGUAGGUAGCAAAUUUUUGGAUCUUUGGCAAUUACUUAGAAUUUUUUUGGCAUUCCGGUUAACACCUUUCCAGCAUUUUACGAGCACAAUCGGGACAGGCCUGGUUCCGAUCACGCGACAAUUGUAAGGUAAACCUUUUCUUCGGGAAAGAAUGCUUAAUAACAAUGAGGAGCUCAUGUUUUCCGGAGUUUUAUUGACAGCCGGGCUCAAGGAGGUGGGGUGUGGUGAUUAAGUCAUUAAGUGUUUAAUGGUGAAUGGUCUGUCUCGGUUGCAAGUUCCUGCAUUUGCCAGUUUUAAACUUGCUUCAUUUAAAGCGUUGUCCAUUUUCUGUUUCUAGAAGCAAAUACCCCGAAACAUAGUUAGUAGAGGGGACUAUGCCACUAUAACUAUGCCCGAAAGAAUUGACAGGAGAAAAAAUGUUCUAGUUAGUAGUAAUUAUAAAGAAUUCUUUCAGUAUUUGAGAGGUUUUUUUUGCGUACUCUACGCUUUUAUGUGAUUUUUCUACGAAAGUUACCAAACCAAGUCUAUAGCUAAUGGAGGAAGCCUCAUGACGGGAGAGGUUUUCCGUUAUGCGAUUAAGACCUCUUUGUCCCUUAACUACAACUUUACCAUUUCUCUUCUCUUUCUGAAUUUCAAAUUACCGCAUAUUGGACAGAGGAACUAUCAAACAUGUCGACCUGCAAGCAAACUCGUAUGCAAAGUGACACUCACUGACAAAAUACUUCUCUUCUCCAAAUUUAUAGCCAAAAGCAUAUCUUGAUCGCCCCAACGGCCAUAAACAAGAGAACAAGUUUGUCGCUUGAUGACUUCAUUGCGGACACCAAAAAAUAUAUAGAAAUAUACAAGAACCACCAGAACAGGCCUCUACUAUCCACGCGCCGUGCGCGCGACAAAUUUUAAAAACGUCUGUUUCGCGAGGAAAUAUUUCAAUUAGCAUUAAGGGCUUUUCUUUAUUUUAGGUUCAGCUUGACGCCCCACAGUUACAAGACACACCAGAUCCCGUGGGUAAGUUUCUUUACAGAACACAUCAAUUCGUACCAAAGAAAAGACCAAAGCAAGAUUGCUUCGUCUUCAGACUCUGCUUGUUUUGCUGGGAUUAAAUUUGUUUGACAACGGUCACAAAUAAUGCAUAGAAAUUAUUCGUGACUGAUUGGGCAAUCAUAUCACAUGCAAUAUCAGUAUGAUUGACACCCUGCGAUCAGAGCCUCAUUCUGUCGUCUUGAUCAACGAGAAGAAAAGGAGUCUCUACCUGAAACGCGUCAAGCCUUUGAAGUCGUCACAAUCCAAACUUCUGGACUAGUCAAUCUUGUUCCCUCCCGUCAAACUAGUUUUUCUGGUACGAGCAUCCGUUUAAUAAUAUACCGAUAGUCAUAAUAUGAGCCCCUUUUACCGGCGCACGAGUAUAAGGCCUGGGUUCGAAAAUGUAUCCUAGCAACAAGAAGCGCAUGCUCAACAAAGAUCUUACUCGAUUCAAGCAGAGUUAUUUAAUCGAGUAAGCGAAAGAAAAGCUCUGCUGACAGGGUGUAUGAUUGGCGUCAAACAUUAUAAGAUUGUGAUAGAUAGUGGCCAGGAUGUAAAUUUAUGUAAUCAAACGAAUAGACUCUCCAACGGUAUUUUUCAACUUUUUACAUGGACAAGUUAGGGAAAAUCUGUUGACACCACUGGAGCGUCCUAAAAUUAGUAAAAACUGCAAAAUUUGAAAGUGAUUUGUUGAAAACUAACGAAGAUAUAGUUCCUCAAAGUCGCUAAAUUUUGCAGAUGUUUAUAUGGUGGGGGCCCAAACUUGCCCCCCCCCACCCCCAUACCAACGACUGUAAAUUUUCGCUCGCUUAAGACGUGUGACUUUCAAACUUGGCAAGUUUAUUAAUUUUAAGGCGCUCUUUCCAGUCGUGCCGACCGGUUUUCCGUAACUGGUCCAUCUAAAAAGUUUAAAAAACCGUGGAAGGGUCUCUUCCGGUUUAAGUUAUCUCCUUAAACUUUGACAGCUUCCCUUGCAUGGCUUGAUUUUACACCGCAGUGGUGCACUGCAUCUGGACGAGCUUCCUUUGGCGGCGAGAAAAUCACGGCGGAACAGUGUAAAGAGAAAUGUAAAGACAGAUGCCUUGGUGUGGAGUGGUGGGAAAAAUCACGCAGCUGUUACGAGUGUACUGAUCCCUCUAAAAAGACCGCGUAUACGCACACUAAUGACAUCAGUUAUCCCCCUCACGUGUUCCUUAAAAUCUGA